AUGGGCAAGAGAGAUGAGGGUGGUUGCGAGUCGAAGGUUUUUGAUGGUAGAAAUGCAAGCAAAAGAGAUAAUGAAAAACAUGGGCGUUCAAGAUUUAGUAGCCUGCAGAGCAGAAAGAAGAUAAGCAAAAUAAAGAAAUGGAGGAGGGAAUACAUUUCUUAUUUUACCAAUAUGGGAGGGAAUUCAAGAAACGUAGGCAAGAAGCAGGGAGGAGGAUUAAUGGCAGACGAAAGAGAGAGAGAAAGAGUAAUGGAGCUUCUAAGCAAAUUCAGGGCAAUAUGCAAGAAUCUUUCCCAAGAAAACAAGACCCAGAGAGAAAGAAAGGUUUCCGAGUCGUCGGCUCUGAUGAGAAUCGACAUCUUAGCAGCAAGAGAGGUGAAGAAAAUGAGCUCCCUCUACACAAAGAGAACCAAUUCCCCGGGCCCAAUUCCAGGAGUGGAAGUGGGGGACAAAUUUCGUUACAGGAUGGAGCUCAUCCUGGUAGGCCUGCACAGCAAUUUGCAGAAAGGGAUAGAUUUCGUCUUCUCCAAUGGCGCGGGGGAAAGAAUCGCGACGAGCGUGGUGGCCUCGGGCGGGUAUGCCAACGAAACAAGCGACCCAAAUGUGCUCAUCUAUUGUGGGCAGGGCGGGGAACAUGAAGAUCAGAGUUUGAAUAACCCUGGAAACUCUGCACUCAAGAACAGCAUUACAGUGAAGAAUCCUGUGAGGGUAAUCCGAGGCACCAAGGAAAGGGCAUCUUCUUAUGCAACCACGUUUGUCUAUGACGGGUUGUACCGGGUUGUGGCAUUCUGGAGCGACAUCAGUUGCAGUGGCAAGUUGCUGUACAAGUUUAAGCUGGUGAGGAUUACUGGAUCCUGA